AUGAACAACAAUCCUGCUAGAGAAUCAUUUGGUAAUAAAGAUUCACUCAAUGACAGUGAACAAGACGACCCACCAAUGGCAACUGCUUCUCACGAGAAGACCAUCAUCGACAUAACAUCUAGUCCAACAAGCUCAGAUGUGAUGUCUAACGAUAAAAUCUCAAAUGACAAUGGUCGCCGUAACAACACGGACAAUGUUCAUGCAACACCAUCAACAAUAAAUAUGCAAGCACGUUCUUCUCGAGUGGAUACUAUUACUGAUAUGAAUGCUCCUUUUGUGGAUAUGACAGAUAGUAUGGACCAGAAUUAUUAUCAACUAUUAGAAGAGUUGGAAGCGGAAUCGAAUGCUUGUUAUGCAAAUGAGUAUAAAGAGAAAGAAUGCAGUUCUAUGGUUGUCCAUAAUGAUACCGCCCUGGAACAACAAUGCAGCGGUUUCCAUAAGGUUUCUGACGAACAACUCGAUAAAGAAACUGAACAACUACUAUGCCGAUUAAUUGUCAGUCAACGGCCAGGGAAUGAUGAAUCGGCUGAGCAUUUUUUCAAACAAUUGAAUUUGACACCAUUCAGUACGAUAGAUAUGAUAGCAGAUGUUUCUCCAAAUGGCACUUCUGUUAUCACCGAUAACACGAGUGUGGAUUUUGUCCCACGAUCACUUUCGCUUAGGUCAUCACCAUCAUCAUUAUCAACAACAACAACAACAACAACAACAACAACAACAGCAGCAGCAGCAGCAACAGGAACAGGAACACAACGUCCAUAUCCACCAAUAAAUCAAACAGGCCUUGUCGACGAUCAUGAUCGUCCCUUUGCUGAUUACGGCCAUCUGGAUCGGCAAACUAUUGCACAAGAAUUUCAUUUUAACUUACGAUCACCAUCACCAACCAUCGAUAGACAAAAACCAUUUCGGUUGCAUACAAGAUCUCUUGCUAUUACAUCAUGGACAAACGUUUCAAAAGAACUUGUUAUGGAUGAAAUCAAAGAUGAAUUUGAUAUUGCAAAUAUUCAAUAUAUUUGUGUUGCCGAAGAAAUAGGUCGACGAAAUCAUCAACCACAUUUACAUAUACAGAUUAUCUUCAAAAAUAAAAUCGACAAGAAAACACGCUUUCUCGAUUCAAUCACUCGAACACAUUGUAAUUACCAGGUGACAAGAAAUGAUCGAGCUUGGAAUGAAUAUAUUAAGAAAGAAGGCAAUUAUAUUGAAUUCAAUACAUUUCAAUCAACAACAAAACUUAAAGCAAAACAAUGGCCACCCACAACAGUAGCCAUGUCAUCGUCAGCAGUGCCAGCACCAGCACCAGCACCAGUCACAAUCGCACGUAACACGACCGCUCGAGGACAGGCAGAAUUGCGACGUCAAUAUGAAAAUGAUGUCGCACGAGAAGCAUUGACACUAGCAAAGACAAGCAUUGAUUCUGCAAUGGAUUUUCUUCAAGAGAAAAUGCCAAAACGAUUUUUGGAACAUUCUGUCUGGUAUUUAAGUACAUUCAAGUAUGUCUCUUUCCGAGUACAACGUGCUCGUGAUGAACAACGUCAUAAUCAUCGAGAACAUACCUGGCCCGAUUCAUUUCCCGAUUGUACACCUGCGCUACGUGAAGUUGUCACACGUUGGCUCAAUGAAGAAUUUAUAAAAACAUCACGAGCGAAAUGUUUGAUUUUAAUUGGAGGAACUGGCACUGGCAAAACGUCUUUUGCCAAAUCAUUACCUGGCCAAAAUAAUUAUUUUCAAGGACGUUGGCGAUUAGAUACUUGGAAAGAUUCGGCUCGUUAUCUCAUCUUUGAUGAUAUUCCAUGGGAUAAAUUUGAGCAAUUAGGUUUUCCUCCGAAAAAAGCCUUACUAACACAGAAUGGCACAACAAUCGUGACAGAUAAAUAUAAGCCUUGCAUAGAAAUCAAUAUUCAACAACCAGCUAUUGUUCUUCUCAAUGCUGAGGACGCUGGCUCAUUAAUUGCUGAAGCAAGAAAUACUGAAGACCAAGAAUUCGUUGGAUACUGGCAGCAUCGUGCAAUCAUCUAUCAAUUAGGUCCAGAUGAAUAUUUUCACCGGCCAGACCACGAUGGAAACGAUUCUCCCAUAGACGACUAA